GCACUCGUCGCCGCAGCACCAUGAUCUCCACCAUCGCCAAGGGCCUCACCGCGCAGGGCACGCGCUCCAUGAGCACGAUCCGCUACGCGGAGUUCGGCCAUCCGCUCAAUGUCCUCAAGACGGAGGCGGAUGACAAGGAGGCUGCUCCGGCCAAGGGCCAGGUGGCGCUUAAGUUCCUGGCCGCGCCGAUCAACGUGGCGGACCUGUCGCAGAUCCAGGGCGCCUACGCCAUCAAGCCCACCUUCCCGGCCGUGGCUGGCAACGAGGGCGUGGCCGUCGUCACGGCCGUGGGCGCCGGCGUCACCAACGUGAAGGUGAACGACCGCGUCAUCCCCACCAGCGCGGGCUUCGGCACCUGGCGCAGCAAGGCUGUGGCUGACAGCGCCGAUGUGAUGAAGAUCUCGGAGAAGAUUAAGAUCGAGGACGCCGCUACGCUGGCCGUGAACCCGGCCACCGCCUACCGCAUGCUGGCCGACUUCACGACGCUCAACAAGGGCGACGUGGUGAUCCAGAACGGCGCCAACAGCGCUGUGGGCCAGGCUGUGAUCCAGCUGGCUGCUCUGCGUGGCAUCAAGACCAUCAACAUCAUUCGCGACGACGGCGACUACGACGUGACGGUGCAGCACCUCAAGAGCCUGGGCGCCGACAUCGUGUGCACGGCCGACUACCCCGGCUCGGCCAAGUUCAAGGAGCUCAUCUCGGACCUGCCCGCCCCCAAGCUCGCGCUUAACUGCGUGGGCGGCAAGACCAGCCUGGACAUGGCCAAGGUGCUGGCCAAGAAGGGCGUGCACGUCACGUACGGCGGCAUGGGCAAGGAGGCCGUGGCCGUGGGCACGGGCUCGCUCAUCUUCCACGACAUCACGCUCAAGGGCUUCUGGCUCAGCCAGUGGGUCAAGGACUCGACGGUCGAGGAGCGUGCCGCCAUGCUCUCGGAGCUCGCGGGCCUCGUGGAGGCCGGCAAGCUGCGCACGUGGAUUCAGACAUAUAAGUUCGAGGACUUCGACGACGCCCUGCACGCCGCUGUGAACCGCACAACGAAGCGCAAGGUCGUGCUGCUCAUGGAGUAGAUUGAGCACCACUACAGUUGUCGCUUGUUUGGUGUCGUGCGUCGAGCACAGGAAAGCUAGCUGGCAGCGACUGCGGACAUACAGAGAAAAGCUGGAGGCGCGAGCGCGCGUGAACAACAGAGGCGAGCCCACAAUCAAAAGCAAUGAAUGGCAGACCUGAAUACGAGAAAAAACAACGCGGG